ACCUCGCGAAAACCAACGGCAUUUAGUCGCUGGUUACCGUGACGUACGGAUCCCCCUCGCACGUGGCACCACUUGCCGGUUAUUCGUGAUAAAUCAGUGAUAACUUCCGACACAAAUCAAAUUUAGAGUACAAUUAAUAACCCAAUAAAAUUAAUUAAAUGGAAUGGAGUAAAAUAUAAUUGAAAAACCGGUAAAAUUAUUGAAUUGGAGAUAACGUUUUGUGUGCGCCGUUGAGUGACAGCUUCAGGAUAUAAAAUAUCGUCGAUGUCCUAAGUGAUUUGGUGGAAAUUAAUGGAAUGACAGAAACAUAAUGUUCACUUAGACAGAGGGCAUAAUUGACUCGGAAAACUGACCGGUGCUGAGCAACAGUGAGUCAUGAAUUUUGUGAAUUAUGAGUGAGAGACCUUUUGGAGUCGAUGACGAGGGGGAGAUGCUUCCGGUCCUUCGUCUGUCAUUCAUCUUGUGAUGCGCCAUUUUCCCUCUUCGGCGGGUAAAAUUUGUUUCAGGCAACUACCCCCAGGAUGAACAUCUCGUGGUCACCUGAGGAUGGGGACACCGAGCCAAUAUGGCAAUCACACAUCAACUCAUCUUACGAGUACAACGAUAGCUUUCCCAUUUACGAUGAUAUCGAUGAACUGUACGACGUUCCCACUGGAAUAAUAUUCCUCCUGAGCGUCUGUUACGGGAGCAUUUCGGUGCUGGCUGUGGCUGGUAAUUCCCUGGUGAUGUGGAUCGUCGCGACAUCGAGGCGAAUGCAGAGUGUUACCAAUUGUUUUAUCGCUAAUCUGGCCCUCGCAGACAUCGUCAUUGGAUUAUUCGCUAUUCCAUUCCAGUUUCAAGCGGCACUACUGCAACGAUGGAACUUACCGUACUUCAUGUGCGCUUUCUGUCCAUUUGUACAAGUACUUUGUGUCAACGUUUCCGUCUUCACCCUCACGGCAAUAGCAGUGGAUCGUCACAGGGCCAUUCUCAAGCCCUUGAGUGCGAGGCCCAGCAAACUCCGUGCAAAAAUCAUCAUCGCUGGUAUUUGGAUAGUGAGUGGUGCUCUCGCUGCACCGAUGGCCGCUGCCCUCAGGGUUAUACUCGUCCCGGAGAGCUCUGCUGGCGGUCGUUCGCACUCCAAGCCAUUCUGCCAGAACGUAAAUAUGUCAGAGAGAUCAAUGCUGACGUAUCGUGCACUCCUCGGUUUCCUCCAGUAUUUAACACCAUUGACUAUAAUCUCCUGUGUUUACGCGCGAAUGGCGUUAAAACUCUGGGGCAGCAGAGCACCAGGCAAUGCCCAAGACUCCCGAGACGCUAAUCUCAUGAAGAACAAGAAAAAAGUAAUUAAAAUGCUGGUUAUAGUAGUUGCAUUGUUCGCGGUCUGCUGGCUACCUCUACAAACGUACAACGUGCUUCAGUACACUUACUCACAGAUUAAUGAGUACAGGUACAUAAACAUUAUAUGGUUCUGCUGUGACUGGCUCGCCAUGUCGAAUAGCUGCUAUAAUCCAUUCAUCUAUGGGAUUUAUAACGAGAAAUUUAAGAGGGAAUUUCAGCAGCGGUGCCCAUUCAGAUCCAGAAAAUGGUCCGCCAGUCCUCCCACCGAGAGCAUGGAUAUGGAUAAGACUCAGACAACAAGGGCAUCGUUUAGGUACAUUCUCAGAUAUGACUGGCGCAGGCCAACGUCUGGUUACCAAUCCACCAGUUCUUUCUAUCGCGGUGUCUCCCUUCGCGACCCCUCCCGGGUGUCUAUCAACGGCUUCGAUGACUCACGACCGCUCAAGUCUGGCUGUUGCGUUCGCAAUGGCAACAAUAAUCGCACCAGCACGCAGCGAACGAAUAGGAGCAAUGAUAUCAACGCCGCUGAAUUAUACGUAUUCUCGUCAGGUCGGCACAAACACACCCGCGAUCUCGGUGAACACCAGGACUUGUGUUUGUAAUUAAAUUUAAUCCUGGAGCAAUACACUGAGCUCAUUCUUACCAUGAAAUUUCGGGGAGAACGUAUAUAAAUAAUUUCUCAGAAAUGGCACUAGCUUUCUCUGUAAAUUUUUCCAUAACUAGCCCACAAAAAUAAAUCGUAGAAAUGGUGAAUAA